AUGUCGUCUCAAACAUCCUCUUCAUCAGACACCCACUCUCCCUCCGGCGAGAAAUGGCCGCGAAAUACAGAGCGAACGUCACACGACUCUGAUUCCAUCAUGUCUGUCUCUUCAGUGGAUACUGAGACAGAUCAUGAUGCACUCGGCAAGACGUUGACGGCGCGCACAUCGCGAGUCUCGGAUCAUAUGUCCCUCGCGGAGCGUGUGACAACUAUCCCGACGAAUAUGACGGCAGAUCCAAACUUUGAAGUCGAUUGGGAUGGUGAAGAUGAUCCUGAGAAUCCAAAGAAUUGGUCUUUCCGGUAUAAGGCUAUGGGAUUGUUGUUCUUGUCGUGGAAUACGCUAAUUGUCGUCCUUUAUUCCACAUCCUAUACAUCAGGCGUCGAGCUGAUUGGGGAGGAAUUCGGUGCCUCCAAAACUAUCGUCACUCUCGGAUUGACAUUCUAUCUAAUUGGUCUCGCCAUCGGCUCUAUGUUCAUGGCUCCGCUGAGCGAAGUCUACGGCCGAAAGCCCGUCUGUGUGGGCUGUCUAGCCGUUUUCACCAUCCUGAUUAUCCCAUGUGCCCUGGCCAAGUCGGUAACGGCUUUGAUCGUGGUUCGCUUCUUCGGCGCCUUCUUUGGUAGUGUGAUGAUUUCGACUGCACCGGGCAUGGUGGCUGAUCUUGUGGAUGAUGAUCAUCGGGCGUUGGCUUUUUCAAUUUGGAGUAUUGGGCCGUUGAAUGGACCUGUGUUGGGCCCCGUCAUUGGUGGUUUUGUUACGCAGUAUCUAGGCUGGCGCUGGAUGUGCUGGAUUGCACUGAUUCUCUCAGCCGUGGCCCUUGUUCUCGCCAUUAUUUUGAAGGAAACAUAUGCGCCCACUCUGCUCCAAAAGAAAGCCGCUCGGCUUCGCAAGGAAACGGAGGACUCGCGCUGGUGGUCACGCUAUGACCAGAAGGCUAGUCUACAUGAGAUCCUGGCACUGAACCUCAGUCGGCCAUUCGUCAUGGCUGUGACUGAGCCUAUCUGCAUCUUCUGGAACAUCUACAUCGCCAUCGUCUACGGCAUCCUCUACCUCUGCUUCACCGCAUACCCUAUCGUCUUCCAAAACAUCCGCGGCUGGGACCUGGGUUUCUCAGGCCUAGCCUUCCUCGGUAUCGGUGUCGGUGUGCUCGUCACCAUCGCAUGUGAACCGCUCGUCCGCCGGCUGAUUAACAGCCAUGCCAAGGACCCCGAGACUGGUCGCGUCCACCCCGAAGCAAUGGUCUCUUUCGUCUGCAUUUGUUCCGUGCUUAUCCCCAUUGGCGAGCUCUGGUUUGCCUGGACCUGUUCCCCAGCCUCGAUCCAUUGGAUCGUGCCUUUGCUCGCGGGUAUUCCCUUCGGCGCUGGUAACACGGGUGUUUUCAUCUACGCCUCCAACUACUUGACAUACAGCUACGGCAUGUACGCGGCGUCUGCACUUGCGGGUAACUCGGUGAUCCGAAGUGUGCUGGGUGGAGUCCUGCCUCUGGUGGGAUCGUACAUGUACGCUGGUCUUGGACCGAAUUGGUCCGGCACGUUACUGGGUCUGUUAGAGGUUGCCAUUGUGCCGAUUCCAUUUAUCUUUUAUAAGUAUGGGCAUAGGAUUCGCAUGAAGAGUACUCUUAUUUUGCGGAUGCAGGAGGAUAAGAAGAAGUUGGAGGGGAAGCGGGCGCGGAAGGCGCCUGGAGAGGAUGUUGAGAAGCAGAAUGAUAAUGUUUAA